UUCCUCUCCUAUCCCACGCAUAAAGUCAAUCGCCUCCUCGAGCCUGGGCCUGUGGUACUCGUUACCACCGGGUCCCUAGCCGAUCGGACGCACAAUAUCAUGACAAUGGGCUUUCACAUGAUGAUCCAACACGAGGAACCAACACUCAUCGGCGCAUGUAUUGGACCGUGGGACAAAAGCUUUGACAACCUGAAAAGAACCGGCCAAUGCGUGCUUGCAGUACCGGCUGCGGAGCUGCUGGAGCAGGCGGUUGAUAUUGGCAACUGUAGUGGCGAAACGGUGGAUAAGUGGGAUGCAUUCGAAAUGAUCCCUCUGGAAGGGACUGCCCAUGCGCCACUGGUUGGUGGGAAGGAUAUCAUGGCCAAUAUCCAAUGUGUGGUUCAUGAUCGAGCGUUGGUGGCGACGUACAACUUGUGGAUACUGCGGGUUGUCCGCGCAUGGGUGAACAGAGACCUCGACUUGAAUUAUGGGCAGAGCAAUCAGCAACUAGAGGAGCCCUGCGGUGCUGUUGGUGGCGGGAAGAGGCAGAUGAGGAUGGUGCACCAUCGUGGGGACGGGAGGUUUGUGGUGGAUGGGGAGGAGCUCGACUUGAGGGAUAGGAUGAUCAAAUGGGAGGAGUUUCAGGACUAA